UUUAAGUAUGGCAGCAAGAUACUGUUAUCAUCGUACUCACUCAUUGUUAUAGAUCUAGUCUAUUGAAAAUCUACAACUUAUCUUAAUUCUUAUAUUUAAUAGUCAUUGAAUAUAAUUUCAAAAUGACUAUGUUUAUUCCUCCAAUACAGCGUAAAAAGAAAGUUCCUGAAAAAUAUAAUCCAGAUACAUUUCGUGUGAUAAGUGAUGAUGCAUUAACAGAACAUCCCAAAUUUCAAGCUCUACCAUAUUCGGCUUCAUUUGAACCUCAAACACCCAAAUCUCCACUAUACACACCAAAUACUGAAAACGGUUUUGUUGAAACUAAAAAGCAACUAAGAAACACCCGAACUCUUCCAGGAGUUAUGUUAGAUCAUCGAGCUCAUAAACCUCAACCAACAUCAUGUGGCUUUCUUGAUAAGAAUGUGAGACUCCUUUGUGAGCCAAUUUGCAAUGUCUACACCCAUGAUCUGAAACAUGAAGAAGGAAAUUGGUGGCCAGCACGUGCAAACCCAGGUACCCUGAUGACACCCCCAUAUGCGGAGGAUACCCACUACAGGAUACAUUACAACUACAGACAGGGUAACCUCCCUCCUCCAGCAGGAAGACACACAGCCAGCAAGACCAGAGAUUCAGCUGUCGGGGCUGUUCCUGUAAACUUUCUACGAGAAAAAGAUGGGUCACAAAGAUUUUUCAAUGAAAGCAUUUCUUAUGAGCAUCAGUAUAACAGCAGGAGGGACCCAAAUUAUCCAAACAGAGGAAAACGCCAUGGAGCAUUUGUCUGGAGCAGAAUGGACCCUAUCAGCCAGCGCAAGUUUAUUGAAUACUACUCCAGGCUAGAAGAGGAAGAGAGACAAGCCCAGGAUAAAACAGGACUCAACCCUUCAGAGUCUGGCCACCCUCUAGUGAUCAGGAGUGCUGAUUAUAAACCAAAAAAUAAACCUACCUAUGCUUUCAAGAGGAGGGGAAGCAACAUUUUGAGGUGGCAAUCUCCCAGUGAGGUGUCCCCACCAUCCAUAUCAAGUGCUGUCCUGCCUGCCAAGGUUGUUCCAGAAGAGUUACAAGCUAGUUGAACAAUGACAUUUAAUAAUGUGUGGAUAAAUCGAAUCGAAAACAAUUGUGUUUAUGUAAAUUUACAAUGCUAAUGAUUGAAAUAGAACCCAGUUAUAACCAAGUUUAGUUUGUAAGUAUAAAAUUCCCAAAAACUGAUUUUGUUAAUUAACUCACCAUUUGUUGUUUUUUUUUUUAAAUCAUAAUGGUGUUAUUGUAUAUUAUGUAUUGAAAUCCCGUAUAAAAAUAAUUCCAUAAAUAUAGUAUUUUUAUAGAUUUUAGUAUAACAUUUUUAUAUUAAACAUAUUAUCAGUAUUCAUAAAUUGUAGUUUUUACCGCAGUAUUACUUUUGUAUUUGACAUGUUGUUAAGCCAAUAGUUAAGUCUUUCUUGCUUCACUGUGAAUUGAAUUUUAAAGCUGUGAUAUUUUCUUUCCAAUCAGUAUAAAUUGCAUUUUAGCAUUAAUUAUAAAAUUAUUUUUAGUGAAGAUAUGCCAUAUAAUCUACAUCUAUGUUUCUAAUUGUGUGUAUAAUUAGGCCUAUGUAUAUAAAUGCACAAUUUGUUAAAUUUUUUUGCUUUUACUUUGCAAUAUAUACCAAGUAGUAAGAGUCUAUCUCAACUAUCUGUUUUGUUGGUAUUAUUUAUGGCUACAAAUAAAAAUUGAUGUAUUCAACUCAACUGGUAAGUCUAAAACUUAUCAACCAACCAAUUUUACAAUUUUCUAAAUAAAUUCUCUAUUCUACCAUUAAACUUCUGCUGUUAUCCAGAUGUGCCAAAUUUUUUUAUUCCUUAAAAAUGUACAGCCAGAGUUCUUUAAUGAGUUAGCAUUAAACAGAACUUGACCAAUUUCAGUAUUAAAAUAACUGGCAGUUUAUAAUACAGUACAUGGCUAGUGCAAACACUCUGUAAAAAUAAUUUGUUUAUCAAAGAUCAUAUUACGAAUGUGCAAAUUGAGCUAUUUCAUUUAAAACUUAAUAAUUCCCCCACCCCAAUACUUAUACAAUUAUUUUUUUUUCAAUUACUGACAUUGAAAUUGAUUAAAUUUGCUUUUUUCAAAUUUAUACAAAGGUUAAAAACACAAAAAAGAAAAAUUCAUUUCUAAAUCUGAAAAGAUGACUGAAAGCUUGUAAAAGUUAUAAUUUUAUUAUUCUGUAUUCAAGGGUUUUUUCAAAAACCUAAGAUGAAAUUUAUUUUUGUAAACUCUUAAUAAUAGUAUUAAUAAUACAGCAUUAGCUACAUGAGAAAAACCUGUUACCAGCUAUAUUGAUUGUCAAGUGACAAAAAUAUAUAUUUACUGAUUUAGAAAGGGUGCACAACAGAUAUUUUACUUUUUGGUUCUCAUUUCCUUACAUAUUCAUUAUUUAAUUGUAUUAUUUUUACAGUAACUUAUUCAUUUUACAUUAAUCUUUCACCAGAAUUAUGUUUUAGCAUCUUAUAUUUUGUCUUAUAUGAAGUGUAAAUCUUUGAAAUAAAGCAUUAAAUCUUAUGUAUA